AGUGAAGGUAGGCAGAGUACGACCGCGACGUGUCGAGUCGACUCGCACUUGCCACUUCGCGUUCACAGUUACAUUGUACUGUAGGGACUCUUUGGUUACAUGGCACGUAACAUUUGCGUAUUAUUUAUUGUGGAUGUUAAUAAAUAUUUAUCGAUACAAUAAUUAUUAGAAUUAUUCCUUGUAAAAAUAUAGAAAAUUAUAUUUAAACCAAAACCAUCAAAAUGCUAAAAGGUGGUGUGUAAAUGAAAUAAGCAGCAAGGUACUGUUACUAAACAGUGUGUGCCAGCCAGUACCUGCCAGCGUACUGCAUAUUGGUGCUAUUUUACUGUUUUAUUAUUCAAGGCUGGUAAGGCAACAUGGCGGAAGCGCACUCCGCCGUCGCGUUUUCGUUCGCGAUCACUCACGACGGGUGGGAUGUGAACUUUGACCGCGAGGUUCUCUAUCUCGUCUGGGAAUCUGGAAUACGAUCGUGGAAGAAGCGUCUGGCGCGAUUCAGGAAUAGCGUCCACAAUGGCGUGUACCCCGGUCACCUGCAAUCCCUAUACGUACUGUGGACGUUGCUUGUGGCCGCGCAUUUCGCCGGUUUCAGCGUUCCGUUCGGAUUAGUACAAAAAGCAUUAGCUGUUUUACCCAGCAACUCAACGAUGUGGCAAGUCAUCGCUUGUUUACUGGCAGCUCUCACCAUGUGGCUUACCGUUAUAUUCCUCAUGAGAUAUCUUCUCAAACUGCUAUUAAUGUACAAGGGAUGGAUGUACGAAUCUCGUGCCCCAGGAUCAAAGAUAUCUUUAAAAACUAUGCUAUGGAUAAGUGUAGUAAAAGUAUUGUCUGGGUGGAACAAACCCAAAUUGUAUAGUUUCCAAGGAUCUCUACCAAGACUACCGCUACCUGCAGUUAAUGAUACUAUGAAACGGUACCUGACUAGUGUUCGCCCCCUAUUGGACGACGACAACUAUAAGAGAGUAGAAAGCUUAGCUAAAGAAUUCGAAGAGACAAUUGCUGUGAAACUACAGAGAUACCUCGUGCUAAAGUCAUGGUGGUCCAGUAACUACGUGUCAGAUUGGUGGGAAGAAUACGUGUACCUGCGCGGUCGCUCGCCUCUGAUGGUGAACUCUAACUUCUAUGGUACUGACGCCAUCUUGUUGAGGCCAACCAACAUCCAGGCGGCGAGGGCUGGAGUCAUAAUACAUUUGUGUCUGAAAUUCAGAAGACUCAUCGACAGACAAGAAUUGGAACCGAUAAUGCUACAAAACAUGGUGCCGCUAUGCUCGUGGCAAUACGAGAGGCUGUUCAACACGGUGCGCGUGCCUGGCAUCGAGCGCGACAAGAUCGUCCACUACCAGGACUCCACACACAUCACCGUCUAUCACAAAGGACGGUACUUCAAAGUGCUGGUCUACUCAAGAGGACGGCUGUUGAAACCCGCUGAGAUACAAGUACAAAUUCAACAGAUAUUAGAUGACAAGUCGGAGCCGCUCGUAGGCGAGGAGCGCGUUGGGGCUCUGACUGCUGGGGAGAGGUCCCACUGGGCGCACAUACGCCAGACCAUGUUCAACCGCGGACACAACCGCACGUCACUGCACUGCAUCGAGAGAGCCGCAUUCAACGUCUGCCUUGAUGACUUUGAUUAUGGGUACGAUGAAAAAGACCCGUCGAAGCUGGACGAGUUUGGGCGAGUACUGCUCCACGGCAAAGGUCACGACCGCUGGUUCGACAAAUCAUUCAACCUCUGCUUCAGUAAAAACGGCUUUGUCGGUUUUAAUUCGGAACACACAUGGGCGGACGCACCCGUCAUGGGACACUUAUGGGAAUACGUUAUAUGGUGUGAAUUAGAAAUUGGGUACGCUCCUGACGGCAACACUCUGGGCGCAGUCGAGUCGCCGCCACCAGCGCCCAUCCGCCUGCAGUGGGACCUCGGUCACGAAGACCUGCUCAAAUCCAUCGACGUGUCUUACAACAUCGCUCAGAAGCUUCUCAACGAUGUCGACCUCAGGAUACUCAUGUACACCAACUAUGGAAAAGGUUUCAUGAAGAGUUGCCGCGUAUCCCCCGACGCUUUCAUCCAGUUGGUUCUGCAGCUGUCGUACUACCGCGACGCCGGCCGCUUCUGUCUGACGUAUGAAGCAUCCAUGACCCGUCUCUUCCGCGAGGGCCGAACUGAAACCGUGCGCUCUUGUACCAUAGAAAGCUCCGAGUGGGUCAAGGCUAUGGAGAACCCUAAUUCUACGAUUCAGGAGCGUAUGGAGUUGUUUGUGAAGGCGAGCCACCGCCACCAGCUGGGCUACCAGGACGCUAUGGCGGGCCGCGGCAUUGACCGCCACCUCUUCUGCCUGUACGUCGUCUCCAAGUACCUGGAAUUAGAGUCGCCCUUCCUUCAAGAGGUCUUCAACGAACCCUGGCGACUGUCCACGAGUCAAACUCCACACGGUCAAACCUCAAUGUUGGAUCUAAAGAAGCAUCCGAAGUGCGUGAGUGCUGGCGGUGGCUUCGGCCCCGUGGCUGACGACGGCUACGGCGUCUCCUACGUCAUCGUAGGCGAGGACCUGCUUUUCUUCCACGUCUCAAGCAAGAAGAGUUGUCCCAUUACGAGCUCCUCAAAUUUCGUGAAACAAAUCGAGAGAUCUUUGAAAGACGUGCAAGACUUGUUCAAAGAAUACAAAAAACAACAAAACGGUGUUAAAAGCAGCAAGUGAUCAUCGAUAAUGCUCUUUAAUUGUUUCUUUUUAUUGUUGUUGUAAUGACGAGUUUAUAGUUAUUUUCUUUUUUUAGACUAAGUGAACACUCAAAUCAAACUGAAGUAUUCUACAUACCUAGUAAAUAUUACUAUAGCAUAUUUUUGUAAUGCUCCUUUACAAAUUUGCGACGGCAUCUCGAUUUAUAAGAGUUGACUUUACCCGCGGAGAGAAAUGCUGAAACUCCAAUUAAAUCUAACAGCUGCGCAUUGUGCAGUAAUACAUAGUAAGGUGACACACUCGCGAAACUGAACAAUACCAUAGUUUAUGCACCCUCGCGGUGACACUACUUUUGAAUAAUGUUUUAUGAGGUUAAGUAUUUUUUGGUGAAAGUGUUUUUUUCUCGAAUACAAUUCGAUACAUAUACUUAGUACAUUAAUAUUCCUUCAACUAACUUACUAUUAUUUAUGAAAUCGCUUCGUAUAAAUCAAAAUAAUUAUGUUUACAGUAUGAAAAUUUUAAUAAAAAGAUGUUACAAUGCAAAUAAAGGUAUCUACGACAGAAAGGUGUAAAUGUUAAAGCUGCAAUAAAUGUUUAUAUGGAUAUCCUCACGAUUGUACGUUGAAUUAUAUAGAAAUCUGACAUAUCAUUUUUGUUAUGACGCUAAUAGGACUAUAUAUAUUUUGUACAUCACUGUUGCUUUUAAAUGCAUUUUGUUUUAAGUUUAGAAUUAAUAUAUUGAUGAAGAUAAUAUUGAUGUAUUAUUUGAUUAUUUUUAAGUCUAUAUUGUUUUAAAGUACAGUCAUCACGCAAUAUUUAUUUUGUAUUUAAUUGCUCCGAAAAGUUAUUCUGUCCAUUAAUCAUUAGUUGUUAUGAUUUGAAAUGUUAUUGUAGAUACGAGGACUGUGAUUGCGAAAUAGUCUUAUUGUAGGAAAAACCUGACAGUACAUCUACUCAUGUGCCUUUAUUGUGUUCGACGAAACUGAAGAGGUCGCAAAUUGUGAAAACUUUAUACUAUUAUACAUCUACAAUGCAAAA